CCUCAUAGUGGAUUAGGGGUCGAGCUGAGCCGCAACAACGAUGCCUCUGCGGUACGUGUAAUCAGUUGCGCCGUAUUAGUAUCUACAACAGGCUGGAGAUCAAAAAGAAACUUUCGGCUCGGCAAGUUGGUGUACUCAGGGACUUCGUUAUGCUAAUGACACAGGUCUGACCGCGUCAAGUGCGUGGACUUGCACCCAACCGAACCUUGGGUCCUGUCUGCGCUGCACCUCUCUGUGUUUGAGACUGCCUGCAGAGAAAAAUGAUUAACGAUUUUAGGUACUCCGGCAACAUUUUCCUGUGGGAUACAGAGACAAGUUCGCUCCUCAAAUCAUGGGAGGUAUGCGAACUGCCCGUACGCUCCUGCAAAUUCAUUGCGCGUCGCUCCCAAUUUAUUUGCGCAUCCGGUAAGUGUCCUUUAAAUGUCAGCUCUAAUCCUGAUAGCAGAUGACAUGCGACUACGGCUCUAUAACUACAACACAAUGGAAAAAGUCAAGGAUAUGGAGGCUCACGCCGAUUAUAUCCGCUUCGUCGAGAUUCAUCCAACCCUGCCCUACAUUCUAUCUUCAUCAGAUGACAUGUCCAUUAAGUUGUGGAACUGGGAACAGAAUUGGGACUGCACAUCAUCUUUCGAAGGUCACGCACAUUAUGUAAUGAUGUGCAAGUUCAAUCCUAAGGACACAAAUACCUUUGCUUCUGCUUCAUUGGAUAGGACCAUAAAGGUGCCGCAUAGGAUAGAGGCAUCUACUAAUGGACCACUUAUCAGGUUUGGGGCCUUGGCGCUCAACAGCCCCAUUUCUCGCUCGAAGGCCAUGACCGGGGUGUCAACUGCCUGGACUACUACCCGGGUGGUGAGGUCCUCUGUUUUUCACUUCAAUUGACUCGCGCUUUCACAGGGGAUAAGCCAUAUUUGAUCUCUGGGGCAGACGACAAAACUGUUAAAAUCUGGGACUAUCAGACUAAGGCUUGUGGCAACCCGUGUGAUUUAUAUUGCGUUUCAUUGGCGCCCCUUUUGACCUCCUUGCAGGUAUUCAAACCCUAGACGGGCACUCAAACAAUGUGUGCUCGGUUCUUUUCCACCCACAGUUGCCUGUUCUUGUCUCUGCAUCUGAAGACGGGACUGUCCGAAUAUGGCAUGCAAUGACAUACCGAGCAGAGACAACGCUGAAUUACGGAUUGGAACGUGCGUGGUCAAUAUCUGCAGCCAAAGAGUCAAACGGAUUAGCAAUCGGCUAUGAUGAGGGUACCAUCCUCAUCAAGCUCGGGCACGAUGCUCCUGUUGCAUCUCUGGACACGCACAUCUCGUGUCAUCUGCAAGCAGGUAGUCAGAUAAGAGUUACCGAUUUAGGCAUACCGGAAAGGUGGUGUGGGCACAUAACAAUGAUAUUCAAUCUGCAUCAUUGAAAGGAGUUACCAGCGACUUGGCCGACGGUAUGUAUUCGCUCCCAGAGGUGAAUUCACUAUCACCGCUGCUUAGGCGAAAAGCUAGACCUACUUAUCAAGGAUAUGGGUUCAUGCGAAAUUUUCCCGCAGACUGUGCAGCACAACUGCAAUGGUCGCUUUUUGGUCGUAUGUGGGGAUGGUGAAUACAUUAUAUACACUUCCCAGGCUCUUCGCAAUAAGGCAUUUGGUCAAGCACUCGACUUUGCAUGGUCUGCGGUUUCUAAGAUCUGAGUCUACCUGAUCUUGUACAAAUUCAACUUCCAGUCCCACAGGUAGGAACUGGUGACUUUGCUAUUCGCGAAUCAUUGGCACGAAUUAAGAUUUUCAAGAACUUCAAAGAGCACCGCACAAUAAAAGCGCCCAUUUCUUCAUCUGAGGGUCUCUUCGGUGGCGCUUGUGUGGCGCUGAAGGGCCCAGACUGUGUAGUAUUUUUUGAUUGGAACGAAGGUGCAUUCUUGUGUAAAAUCGAUGUCGCCCCUAAAGCACCUCUCAGUGUCCGCAUACUAAGUUUCUACUUAAAGCAUUAUACUUCACUCACAGGUAGUGUACUGGAAUGAGACUCAGGAGCUUUUGCUCCUUGUUUGCGAUGAACAGGCAUUCAUUUUGAAAUAUGACAAAGACAAAGUUGAUGCUGCUAUAGCUGAAGAUUCUGUGUCACCUGAACUGGGAGUACCUGGGGCGUGAUCGAUCAGAGUAACUGUGGUGCAUUUUGCAAAUGCUUGUAUGACUUGCGCGCGUAGUAUGUGUAUAUAGGUUUGAACCAGAACAUGAGAUCACUGAUUGUGUAACUAAGGGUCAGUGGAUAGGAGACUGCUUUAUUUUCUCCAAUAUAGCGGGGCGGCUGAAUUAUUUUGUUGGUGGCAACACCAUGACACUGUGCCAUCUUGACCAGCAGAGUACAGGGCCGCUCUUCAUGCUUGGCUUUCUACCGAAAGAGGACAGAGUCUAUCUCAUGGAUAGAUCCAGGAACGUCUUCUCGUACCGAGCACUUUUGGCUGUACUUCAGUAUCAAACUGCUGUUGUUCGGCAUGACUUUGAAGCUGCAAAUACAAUCCUUCCUGCAAUUCCAGAAUCCGAGCACUCCUCUGUUGCACGGUUUCUCGAGGCCCAGGGAUACAAAGAUGUAGCUCUUCAAGUAUCCAAAGAUCCAGAUCACAAAUUUGACCUUGCUCUUGAUCUUGGCAAGCUCGACGAGGCAACCAAGUUGCUUGAUGCCGCGCCUGAACAGGAUAGAGACACGACUGAAUCAACCACGAAGUGGAAACGCCUUGGUGAUCUUGCACUUGCAAAUUGUGACUUGGAUCUUGCUGAGCGCUGUGCCAGCAAUGCCAAAGACCUCGCAGGGUUGCUUUUGCUCCAUACUGCAGCCGGAAAUCGUGCUGGUAUAUCUGCUCUAGCUGCGAACGCAGUCUUGCAAGGAAAGUUUAAUGUUGCAUUUAUUUCAUUCUUUAUCUUAGGAGACGUUGAAAAAUGCUUCGAACUACUGCUUGAUACAAAUAGAAUCCCAGAAGCUGCGUUACUGUCGCGAACAUACCUGCCAUCUCAGAUUUCACGGGCGGUGAGGUUGUGGCGUGAAGAUCUCCGGCAAGUUUCGGACAGAGCUGCAGCUGCUCUUGCCGAUCCCGUGGAAUACCCUAAUUUGUUUCCUGAUCUUGAUUGGGCAUUAAAGGUCGAGGAAGUUUUCAAAUGCAACCGAAACAAAGUCGUCCCUGCCACAGAAUAUCUAACGGCGAAGGAUGACCUUGACCUCGACCUAGUUAGCCUCAUGAAACAAACGCACACCGACAAUUCACUCGGAGAAAAGUCUCCCAUUCGAGCUAAGUUUGGCUCUACCCAGAAACACGAUACAGAUUCCAGUGUAAAUCAAGUCUUAUCUUGUGAAGCUACGGAUACUAAAACUAUCGACCAUGACGUUCAUGCUACGCCCCCCUUAAAAUGCAGCGUUGAUGAUGAAGCGAAUGCUAUUCUGCAAAAUGAUUUUGGCAAUGAUGAUGAUGACGAUGACUGGUGAUCAUUAGCAUUCGAGCGGUAGUAUACUCUUGGAACUUAUGGCAUGCGCAAUUCCCUGCUCCGAAUUCAGAAUUUUUCGGUGUCUUGCGCGGCACAUUAAUUGCCUAUCAGGUUCGAAGCCUAGGAAUUCAUUGAAUACGCCCCAUAGUUUCCAUUGCUGAAUCAUCUUGCGCCCAAGCACACAGUCGCGUGUUGCAUCCUGGAGACUUGCAGACAGGGUGGGUGGUCACAUGGACUUCAACUAGUAUUCGCACAGCCUGCCGGUGAGGGGGGUGGGAGUAACUAGUAUAUAGAACUAA